UAUAAGCGCUAAUGGCGUCUGCUUUGUAGCUAACGCGCGAACUGGUCACUCGCUCGAAUAUGCAGACUGAGAAGUGCUUUUUCAGUGCGUGAAUGAACCUUCUUCGCCAUUUCUUCAACUGAACUAGGAUCUUGAAAGCACUCCAGUUUACGCAAAGGGGACAACAAAAUGGCGCCUCGGCCGGAAGAUUCUCCAGUAUCAAGUCCCCGCACACGCUCUCCAGUUAAGGGGGCACGGGCAGGCGGCACUAGUUGUGCCGCUUCUAAUUCAAUGUCAAUGUUGACAAUGCUUGCUGAAGUUGCUUCUGUGACUCUCCAUACUGACCCUUCAGUAACAGAUACAAAUACCAACCACAAAUCAAAAGCAAGCCCUCCAGGGAGUCGAAAACCAAGUGACUGUGAAAUUUUGACCUUGAACCAAGUAGCGGGGAUGACUGAUAAUUUGUUAGUUAAAUUAUUUGCUGAGUUUGAAUCAAAUGAAAUGUGGAAGAGAUUCACAUACUCUUGCCGUAUGCUCCCAGCAGCGUGCUCUAAAUGUUUCCAGAGCUUUGGAAGCGAGCAUAAAGCAAGAACCGAUAUGAAGGCUCACUUGCAAAGUCAUCUGAAGAACCUUCUGGGAGUUCAUACAAGUCAGGAAAGUAGGCAAGCCUACGUUCUUGAAUCAAUUCCUGCCAGAAAUAGACGUUUAGUUGAACAGGACACUCCGGGUGGCAAGAAAAGGACAGUGCCAUCUGCAAGUCGCAAUACAAAAACUGCUGGUUCUCCUAAGCCACCAAACCUUGAGGGAACCUCCAAGACCAAGAAAGGAACAAUAGACAAUCCAAAGGUUCAAGCUGUUGAUGAGGGAAGGGAAGCAUCGCCUGUAAAUAUCACUGUACAGAUACCUGCGAUGGAAGUGAAAACGAAGAGAAAGUCAGAAAAUCGUGAAGGAAGAGUUAGGAUUAAGAAACCAAAGAAUUCUGAUGCAAGACCUACAAUAACUAAUGGCUUUAAUGACAACAACAACAAUACUAAUAAUAAUAAUGAAGCCAAAUCCGAUGCUAAUGAUGUAAUUGAACCUAGCUCCACUCCGCCUAUGCAAGAAAUAGUGUCUCAUGAUCAUGGAUACCUAAAAGCUUCAACGUCCAUUAAGACCGACUCCUUAGGAUCAAAGGAUCAUGUCAUCCAAGGAUCAACCUUAAUUUACAAAGAGCCUCCCCCUCCUCGUACCAAAUCCCACCUAAAUCAGGUUACAACAGUUGGCAAUGACAGUGGUAUAGGAAGCUGCAUUAGUGUUUGUGUUAAAGAGACUCCAGAGGAAGAUAAAAAUACGCUUCUUCAUCAACACAUGAAUCAGGAAUUGGAGGGUGAAAUUAUGGCCCAGGAUUCUAGCUGUGAUGCCACUCCACUGCCUGUGGUAGGAAGCGAAGUUGAAUUCACUCCAGACCAGCAGUACAAAGUUAUGCGUUCUGCUGAUCUUCCAGUUGUUUAUGACCAUAAUAAUCCUCUGACAAAAUUCCAAGCUGUGUCCAGGGUCAUAGAGAGAGAUGAAUACAAAGUGCGCAAAAAACCAAAGGGUCGAGCCAAGUUUAUUGGUCAGAGUAAGGCUGAGAAAGAGAUGGCUUUGAAGCUGAUCACGGAAAUUAGGUCACAAUCAGUAAUGUCAUUAGAUCCGUUGGAAUGCAAGAUCUGUCACCCUUCACGGCUUUUCACAGCCCUUUCAACGUUGCUGUCACAUUAUCGCAGCCAUGCAGGGAUAAGGCCUUAUGAAUGCCGCAUUUGUGAAGCAGUAUUUACUAGACAGCAUUCUCUCAACUACCAUAUGCUCAUCCAUACAAAUCAGACACGCUUUACUUGUGUGGACUGUGAUCGCAAGUUUCGCCACCCCUCACACUUCAAGGAACAUCGCAGAAGGCACACCGGAGAAUCUCCGUACGAAUGUUCCGAUUGUUUAAUGAGGUUUAAGACCCGCAACACAUAUAAAAGACAUUUGCGGACACGCCAUGGGAAGCUUUUAACAACUCAGGGUGCCAUAAUCAUUCUGUCACAAGAGGAAGCAGAUCGUAUGAAGAAGACUCAAGGAAGGAAGCCUCGCCGCCCUCGCCAGCCUUUACAGAUAAUUAGCCCUGAAACUGCUGCCCAGAUGGAAGAAGAGCAGAUUUGGACUGAUUUUGAAGAAGGAGAUCAUGAAGAUGAGUUUGAGUUUGAAGAGGAAGAUGAUGAUGAUGGAGAGGAGCAUUCACCUUUAGAUCUGACCAAGAAAGUUGGACAGGGGAAAUUUGAAUCCAUUCCUCUGACACAGUUGAAUGGAACUAUUUUCGAAAAUAUGGGAGUGCAAGCGAUGCCUAAUGGCAAAACAGGCUUCUUAUUGAGGCCAAAAGUGAGUGUGAGCAAGAAUGAACUGAUGCCUAAUCUUGGAAUUUAUGUUAAUCCUAAUAAUGUGAGCAAAACUGCUCAGAUAACAGAGGAAGAAGUUGAGUUUAAUGAAGAAAUGAAGGGUGCAGUUGAGAAUACAGUGGAGGAUGUUCACACCUAUGUCUUCCACUCAACAUCACAAAAUAAUGCUGUGACAAAAUUUAAUGUUAUGCCUAACCAUGGAAUUUAUGUUGAUCCCAAAGGUGUGACCAAACCAGUUGACGUAAAAGAGAAAGAUGUUGAAUUUAAAGAUGUAUCAGGUGCUUUGGAGAAUGUAGUGGAGGAUGUUCGAACAUAUGUCUUCCAUCCAACAUCUCAGAAUAAUUCUGUGCCGAAAGUUAAUGUUAAGUCUUCAUGGAAUACUGUAAAUAUUGACUUGAAGAAUUUAGAGAGAGCCACUAACUCGCCCUCAGAAAGUGUUGUGUACUGUGAUAAGCAAACUGUUUUGGAAAAUGAUCACACUAAUAAGGGACCAGUACCAGCAACAACUGUUCUGACUGGUAAUUCUGCUGAUUAUUUGGGAGAUAAUAUAAAUCCUGAAGAAGUUAUUACAAUAUGCGCUGGUGUGGACAGUGGAGGAAAAGAUGUGGUAUUGUCUCCUCUAGUGGAAACACAUACAAGCAGUACUGGAGUAAAACCCGACUUCUUUACUGUCAAGAAACCUUUGAAAUGUUAUGGCCGUCCUGGGUAUACCACCACAGACAAUAGCAAUAAUGUUCUGUCGUCAGGUGGUGCAACAGUAACCACAAAUCAAGUUGAUUCUCAGAGUUCUGGUGUAUAUUUCAUUGUUCAAGGUCAGGAUGGUAGGCUGGCUAAGGUAUUUCAUCAAAGUAAUGGCUCUGUUAGUAAGCCCAGUCAGCAGAUAACUGUUCAGUCAACUGGUUGCAAGUUAAAGUCUUCUAAUGAUUCUCUACAAAUGUCAUUAAAAAAUAAAACCAAAGCAAAACCUGCCAAAUCAGAGUCCAAAAUUACGAGAGAAUGUGUGACUGCUCAGUCUGUAAAGCCUUCAGUUGUUUCGCCAAAGGUAAUUUAUAAACCAAUCAAAACUGUAACUCGCAGAAAUAUAGGUGUAAGUCCAACAAGUGAUAAUAAGAUAAUCAUCAAUAAACAGGUUGUGAAUAAUGUUGUGGUGAAAAAUCACAUUGUGCAAAAUGGAAGUUUAGUAAAAGUGAAAUGUGAAGAGAGAGAUGCAUCUCUGCAUAGGAAAUCAACUUUACCAAUAGUAUCUGUUGUACCUGUGACUAGUGCUAUACAUUCAUCUCCAAUAAUAGUUACAUCAGGAACUUCUCUUAACAAGUCGGCCAGUUUACCCGCUGUAAUAGCAACGUCUGUAGGAACCACAUCCAGUGUAGUGGAACCACCAUCCAGUGUAGUUUACACAUCAGUUUCUCCUAGCUCAGUGUCACUAAGUGCAAUGCAGAGUCAUCAAACACCAGUAAUUUUGUCAAGUUCAGAUAUAGUAACCUCAGUAACACAUAUUCCAAGAAAUGCUUCAUCCAGGGUGUCAGGAGGUGAAACCAGUCAGAAGGCAGUUUUGACUUGGCAGGGUCAACCAUCUGCAGGGAAUGUCAUAGCACAAUGUAUGAACGGCACAUCUACAGUGAUGAGGAAUAAGGCAGAUAUAGAUAAUGGUAUCUUGUAUACUGGUGAAGAUUCAUUUGUUGCUGUUAAAGAGGAACUAUUAUUGGAAAAUGUACCUGUUAAAGAGGAACUAUUAUUGGGAAAUGUAGAAAUUAUCGACAACCUUGAUAGUAACCAUCAUAUGAAUGUAGCAGUAAAUGGCAUUGUGCAAAAGGAUGGUACUGUUACAUUUUCUAGUUCAGAUGUGAAACUGGAGUCUGAUUUAAACUCUAAUGCACCUUAUGUAGACCCUUUAAUACAAGAUUAGUUACCACUUCAAGUAGCCUCAGGCAUUUCUAAGUUAGUUGAAAUUCCUCAUCAAUGAAUUUAUUGCCAUUGACUGAAACGUCCUGCAAUGCCUUGCAUAAUCUGUCCAUUAUAUCUGGUCCUUCUGCCACAGUUUAAGUUAAGGCACUUGCUUGUAAUUAAGGUGUGAUUACUUAGUUAAAUUACCUACUGAUUUGCAUUUGCCAAUACCAUGACAUUUACUUUAAAAUAUUGUAUUACUUAUCGGUUUUGUGUCCUUUGGAAUCCUGAUGUUCGAGAAGUGUGUGGUAACUGAAGCAGAAAUACUAAACACAUGAUAUAUUACUCUACAGUAAGAAUAAAUUUGAAUUCAUACUACCAACCAUGCUCAUUUUGGUAGAUUAUACAAUGAUUAUUUGAGAAAUGAUUGUUAUAUUAACAAAGCAGGCUUAGUUUAAUAAGCUUUUCUUUUUAUUAAUUUUUUACAUACUUUAUAGUGUGGGUACUCGAGUAGAAAUGGAAUUGUUGGUAUCUGGAGUAUUUUCUGCAUUUUAUUAGAAAUAUUUACCAAGGUUCAGGUUAAUGCUUCAGUCACAUCUUCAUAUUGCAGCUCUGUUGUCUCUCUAUAUUACCUAGUAGGUAUUCUUUGUGAACAAUUGAUUAACAGAAAAUAUUUGUAUUUUGAACCUUAAAGCUAAUGCUGAAUAUAGAAUGAUAUCAUCUCACAAUAUUUUUGUUACCACAUAUGUAUGAAUGUUGGGCAUUUUUGAAGUAUAUAAGGAUUUAUGUAUGAGUAUUAAGAUGGUGUGUUUAUAGCGAGUAAUUUUUAUCAGCUGUAGGACUAGUCUGGCAAAUGUUAGUUUUGAUGAGAUUUUAGUGAAGAGUUUUCUUUAGUUUCUCCUGAAGGAAAUGGAGGUUUUAGUGUACCUUUAUAAUGGAUUCGUGUUACUCAUAGCUUUCUAAUAUAAUAAGGCAAAAACAUGAAAAGUAUAUUUUUAUACUGCAUUUAUAUACUCCACUCAAGAUCAAUCUUGUAUUCAGUAUAUUCGUGUGUGUGUAUGUACAUGUACGUAAGUAUUUCCUUCUUAAUGUUGAUGUGAUCUUCAGUACUAUUCUUGUGAUAAUAGAUUGUAAGGGAGGUUGGCAAAAGUCUUUGUAAUGUCUAAGACUAUGAGAUAUGAGGUUAAAAACACUAAAAGCAGUGUUAUAAGGGUACGUAUUGCUUUUAUUUACUGCAUUCAGUUUGGGACUUUUUAUUGUCCUAAAGGUAUAUGGUGUUGUUUCUGCUGAAGAAAACUGUAAUGCUGUACUCAGUGAGCUGAAGCAUGGAACUAUGGUAUAAUUUAUAUGGUUUUGAGUUAUAAUGGGUAUUUCAUCUUGUGAUAUAUACAGUACUAGUACUGUAUUGCAGUAGUUCCUUACAGGGAGAUUAUGCAAUCAAAAUCUUGGAGCAUAUCUUUAUAAAAAAAGAAAAAAAAAAGUUAAUUUAGAGAGGUUGGCUGUACAGCUUGGCACUUAAUAUCUGUAUAAUAUCUAUAAUAAACAAUGAUCAUCAAUUAUCAUAGGCUUUCAUGAAAACUUUACAGUACGUAAAGUUCUCACAUAUGUAUAAAUGUUGAAGAUAAGCUCAAGUUGCAUUAUAAUCAUCGAUGGAGUAGUGCACAGACACACAGUAUGUUUGUUUAUUUUUCUUUAACUUGGUUGUGAUGUCUAUCUCUUAUGUUGCAUAAACUAUUGUCAUAUAACACAUUACAUUCAGUGAAAACGCCAAUGAUUAUGUUUGGGUAAAUGAGAAUGUACUGUUGUAUAAUAAUGAAAAUUAAGUUAUUUUAUACUGCAUUGCUGCAAAAAGAAAAAGUCCAUUUAUUGAUGAGACUGCCUGGUUUGUUAGUUUUUUGUUAGCUAGAAAUGUAUUCUUUAUUGCACACCUCCUGCAGACAUCAAAUUAUGACAACUUCAAACACAAAGCAUCUGCUGUGAUAGUUAAUUCAUAGCUCUAAUAGGUAUGCUGGAUUAUCAUGUAAUAUGAUCAUUACUAUCUGAAGUAAAAGUAGAAGUGCAGUGUAGGAAAAAUCACCCUAUAUUUGUAGCACACCAAAGGGCAGUGCAGCUUUUUCACUGAAAGCAUGAUGUGUAUGUUUUACAAACAAGAGAAAGAUGUACCUGUUGAUACUAAUCUAGUUAUUUGCAUUAGCCUAUAAUGCUUGAUUUAGUAUGUUGCAUAAUUGUGGUGUUCCAUGAGCAUUUGAGUUCACCAAGUGUAAUUUAUGGUAUUGAUAAGGAAGUUUAAUGCCUAAGUUUAUUCUUCUAACUUACAGUGAAAGAAAGUCAAGCAUUUUUUAUAAACUGUAAUUGUGAAAUUUCUUGUAUUUGUCAGAUGUAUGUACAUACUUAGUUUUUGUGAUUACUGCCACUUGUUCAUUGAUUUAUUUUUUUAUUUCAAGAUAUUUUAUUUUCAAUAUUACUUGUUUAACUUGUCAAUUAAUUAUAGGUUUCAAAGACUAGCCAUGAAAUGGAAUUCUGAUAGUUAUUUGCAAAUGUAAAAUUUUUCUUUGAAAAUCCUGUAUCCUUUUAGGCCCUCCUCCUCUUGAUGUCUUCCCAAGGGAUAUUUUGGUCCUGGUUGUGUUUGUGUGAUGAAUUUAAAUUUUAAAAUGUGGGUUUUUGCAGCUUAAAUAAAUUGUACAAAGAUCAAGAAGUGCCUUAUUAGGUGCCAAACCUUCUGAAUUAAUUCAAAGUGCCUUCAUUAAAAAGCUGAAGUACAUUUCAUAAUGAUGCAAGUGAAUUGGAAUUUAGGUUUUCCAGAGAAGAAACCUUGCAUCAAAAAAUAUACUUAACUACAAUUUUCUAAUGAAUUAUUAUUAUUAUAUAAAGGAUUAGUUACUAUACCUGAAAUGAUACUAGAUAGAAUGUUCUCACUUUUUCUUGUGACACUGAAUGCUCUGUUUUGUUAGUGUAGCAGCUGGUGUGUUUGUGUGCCUUUGUGUUUGUGAGAGUACUUUGCAUGAGGGAAAGAAUUAAAAAGUACAAGUGUAAACAAUAGCCAAAUUCUGUAGGACAGUGCAUUAUGAAUGUACUUUGUACACUCAGAUCUACAAGUGUGCUAAUACAUUGUGAGGGUCAGUAUAAAGCAUGUAUAGCUUAGCAAUAAUAGAAUCUUUGUACCAUUAUAUAUGAUACAUUCUAUAUAAACUUAUAUUCUUUUAUACUUUAGUAAACAUUGAUAUACAUA